GGGAGCUCGAAAGAUCAAGGAAUAAGAUCAUGAUGAUAUCAAACGACAGAGGCCCCGUGUCAACAAGCGUAAGAAAUUGGCUAAAAUACAAUAUUGUCAGGAAUGUCGAAUCUUGUCCAUUGUCAAAAAUCUCACCCUAGUUUUUGAUGAUGCAAGGCAAUUCAAAUCAUAUCCCAAGUGGUACAAGCGCUUAUGUACUUUGGACAAACACGGUGAAGAAAGAACCAGAAAAUCAACCAACAACAAGAAGAAAUAUUUCACUGGUCAAACCCAGCAUACACAUGAACCCAAAAGAAUGCGGAGGUAGAAAUUGUGGAGAAUGUCCCCGCUCAGAAACAAUCGAAGACUAAUACAUUGGCGACAGGCACAUGUUGGUACACCCAGCACUGUUUAAAAAGACUCCAAUCUGGCCAAGAUUGCCUGAACCUCUUCCAAUAGGUAAACUUCACCCAGUCUAUCAGGAUCCACCGCGUCGCAACGAUUGAAGCAACGAUGGGGCUCAAGAUUCCCACUUGCAUAGCGAGCUCUCCAGUCUGAAUCUAGACAAGAUGCACAGAAGAUGUGACCACACGACAGGUGGAUCGGUCUUCUAUCUGUGUCAGUCGAUAGUGAUCCGUAUUGUUCAUAACAUAUUGGACAAGUGACGACUCCCAAUAAGUU